AUGGCGGGAAUGAAUCCGAUGAUGCAUCAUCACCCGCAGGGACAACACGCUCUGAAGCAAGCUGCGAUGGGAGCCACUGGUUCAAGCCAGGCUAUCUAUGACGCUGGUUUCCAGAACGCGCAGCAGCUCAUGUACGACCAGGUCCUUGUUGUAAUGUCAUCAUGUAGCUGUGUCGCUUUGUGGUUUUUUCUUUUUCAGAGGAAGAGUCAAUAA